AUGGACCGCGAAUCCGUCCUGCGUCACGUUUACGGUACAGUGGCCUAUGGGGAAGCCAACCUGGACCGCUCGGCCGCUAUCCUACCCGUACCAGCCCGCCGCAAGCCCAUGCAAAACCCCACAACGACCAGCUGGGAUCUGGAAAUUGAUGCCACCGACUUCACGCAGCUCAAACUCGGCUUCGCAGGAAGCAACCAAGACCACAAGUGGACCAUCGCAGCCAGCGAUCCGGACGAGAGCGGCCUUGUUCCGAUCCACAUCAUCCGGAGAGGCGUGAACAUGGAACGCUACAUACUCCAUCUGAGACCGGCAGCCGACGACAAGGGCGCCAGGGUCGAGUCCAUAACUUGGGACGCCGCUUUGGGCACGGAUGGCGACACGGCCGCUUUGGAGCAGCAGGCAAAAGAGGAGGCUGUACUCCUAUGCAGAGUCCACGCGGGGUGUGCAUUUGAGAACCUUGCCAGAUAUGAGGCUUCGAUAUUUUGGAAUCCAAGGCCUGAGAAGAAACAAGACAAGGAUGGAGAGAGCACAUCGGGCUGA